AUGAAGCAGGAAGAGUUAGAUUCAUGUGUUGUUGAAGCAUUAUCAAAAGCGGCACGUAUUUUAUCCGAUGAAUCCGAUUAUCCAAUAUCCGAUUCGUUAUCUGCAACAUCUUCAUUUAGUGAAUCAUUAACACAGGUGCAUUCAACGGCACCUACACCAUCACAAUCACAGCUACCAGUCAGUCCUUUUUUUAUUGUUCAUAAUGAAACGGCUCAUACAAGUACCGAACUACUACCACCACAGGUACCAUCAACAGCAUCACUUAACAAUCAUAUCGGAAAACGACAUGUGUGUGGAGAUUGUGGCAAGGCUUUUCCUUAUUUGUCAAUACUGGAAUCUCAUAAACGUUGCCAUACCGGUGAAAAACCAUUUGAUUGUCGUUUCUGUGAAAAGAAGUUUGCGCAAAAAGCCACGUUACAAGUUCACGAACGAACUCAUACUGGUGAACGGCCUUAUAAAUGUAAAUACUGCGAUAAAACGUUUGCUCAGUAUGGUACAAAGACCGUUCAUGAGAAGAGUGCACAUUUGGGUAUUCGAAACUACAAAUGUCCCAAAUGUAACAAAUGUUUGUCGUCACCAUCAGCAUUGUACACACAUAAGAAAACCCAUGGUGAAAAAACAUUACAAUGUGACUAUUGUCCCAAAACGUUUGCAUUGAAGAAUUAUUUAAAGUUACACGUGAAACAAGUCCACGAGCAGUCAGAUCGCAAACAUAUUUGUCAUUACUGUGAUAAGAGUUUUGCUUAUGCAGGCAGUUUGCAGGUACACGUACGAACGCAUACCGGUGAACGACCUUAUGUAUGUAGGUUCUGUCCCAAAGCAUUUGCUAGCCAAGGUAAUCUGCAAAGCCACGAACGAACUCAUACUGGUGAACGACCUUAUACUUGUGUACAAUGUGGACGAUCUUUCAUCCAGAAAUCACAGCUAACUGCACACGAAGCAACGCAUCAGUAUCAACCAGGCAUUUCACCCGAAACAGUGCAAAACAAAAAGGCAACAGAGUAUGUUUGCAAGUACUGCGGAAAACGAUAUGCCUAUGCCUCAUCGCUUUAUGUUCAUACUCGAUUACAUACUGGUGAACGACCAUUUCGAUGUAGCUUUUGUGACAAAACAUUUACAAAUCAGGGCAAUAUGCAAGUUCAUCAGCGUGUUCACACUGGCGAAAAACCUUACAAAUGUAAUGCAUGUGAAAAAAGUUAUGCUCAAAAAGUGGGCUUAAAAAUCCAUUUGGAGCAGUGCCAAAAGUAUCUGAACUGUCAACAGCAGACUAGUCCAAAUGCAGAAAUGGAUAGCGCGAAGACUCUAGAUAGCCUAUUGCCCAGAUAUCUGAGUUUACCAGAUGGAAUAGCAGUAGCAGCACUUCAGUAUCCCACUUCACCUUCCGUUUCAUCAGUUCGGGAUUUGACUAGUCCUUCAUUGGGCUUGAAAUUAUCAACCUUACCUGUAACAACCACUGCUUAUAAUACAACAACACUUAAUGUAAAUGAUGGGAUUAUGGAUCAUUUAGGUCGAAAUGAUACCCUUACCAGUAUCACCAGUGAGCAGGUAGUAAAAUAUGGUAAUGAAACUACUGAAACUAAACAGUCUGCCUUUCACGGAGUUAUUCCGGAUCCAUAUAAAAACACCUUGCUAGAUCCAUAUGAUUCACAGUUACAUGCUUACAAGCAACUUUUGGAAGGUGGUAAUUCACCUGGAUCACUAUUCUCACAGCAGAUGAUACUUCAGAGUCAGCAAUUACAACUUUUUCUGCAAUGUCCAGAGCAGUGGUGCAGUGUGUUGACACAACCAAUUAGUGUUUAUCCGCCUAUAAGUACGCUACCAACCUUAAAUUCAACCUCUCAACAAUCUACACCUCACCUAACAACAAUUAACAUUUCAAAUGACUUUACACCCACUUCUGCUAAACAUGAACCUGCGAUGCACGUUUGA